GUUUGUCUAUCAGUCAUGCAGCAGUAGUGUGCAUAACCAACACCACCACUGCCAUUAAUAAGGAGCAAUCGACUAACAUAACGUAUAAACAGCACCAAGCAGCGUUUUGUUCCUCAAAGUUUUUAGAGAGCAAAGUUGUACUCCCGAAGAUGUUGUCCACGUCAGCAUUCAUUCUGUAGCAACCUUAAUGCAGGAUACAUUGUGGUGCAGUCAGGAGCGGAUUGUGCCCAAGAACGUUUGGCGAAUUAUCAAUUACGAGAACUUUCUGGUGGAAUUGAUGCAGCACAAAAACGAGAACUUGAUGGAUGCCUAUCACUUGGGCGAAGCCAUGGGCAAGGUGACUCUGGGCCCUGCUGACUGCGAUCCGAUCAUUGCCGAAAAAGCCAGCCAUUUUUUGACACGCAUGAUCAUUGAGCACUCGAAACGAAUCCAUCUGGAGCACAAAAAACAAUGGCUUGACCGUCCCAUGUCGAAAACCGAAGCUGCGCGAGCCAAAGCAAAGUCAUACGAUCGAUUGAUUCGCAAGAUCGAAUACACCAGUAGCGACUGGGCAACCAACACAACCGGCAUCCGAGCCAUGCUCGAUGACGACUAUGAGCCAGAGCAAGUGGAGCCCGAGGAGCCCUGGAUCUCCGUCUUUUGCACUCAAUUGGGCGACUAUGAUCCAAAUGCGUCGCCUUUAAUGUUCCGCAUCAUUUCGGCGGCUAGCAAGCCCAAAGUACCCGUGCCUGCAGAUCCAUUUGCCUCGUCGUACUUGUUCCAAAAGAACAAUGCCACCACCACCGAGUCACAGAUCGGGCGCGCCUUCGCCGAGUUUACGCCCGUUUGCAACGUGUCGUACGAUUUGCCGGGUGACCGAGACAGCUCCAAGGCUGCGCAGCUGUCGCACCUCAAAAAGAUCAACCAUUCGCUCUCACAGAUGAAAAUCAAUCUUCGCAAACAACGCCCCCAAGGUUAUGACAGCGAAUACAGCAGCGUAGAAACGGUGCGCGCAGAAGAAGAGUAUGAUGAUGAGUAUCAACGCCAGAAGCAGCAGAAGCAUGUCAAGAGCAUGAUGCGACGAGUGAUGAAGAUGAACUCUAAAAAACAUCUUCAGCAACAGCAGCAGCAAUACGGUGGUCCUAUCUCGUCUUGA